AUGCCACAGGCGUUCGACUUGACAGAACAGACCGACAAUUUUGCGCCCACCCUAGUCUUUGCAGACUUGCAGGGUCGAUUGAGUGCUGAAGGGCGUGUGAAGAGGAAGUUUGACUUGGUGAUGAAGUCUUCUGGCGACCUGGAUGCGCUAGAUCCAGCCUACCGUCAAAUAAACAGGGAUCGCAGUGCAAAGGCAGCCGCCAAGACGCGCACCAUGCAGGUCCUGUCAGAGGCGCCCGACACCCAGAUGCGACCAGGGGCCGUGCAGCGGGUCUCCUUUGGGAACAAGGAGUCAACCAGGAAGAGAUUUGAGAAGGGUCAGUUUGAGAGGCGUGCACGCAUGGAGAAGGACGACCUGGAAAAUCUGCUGUUCCGACUCUUUGAAAGACAGAGCCGAUGGAACUUCAUCCAAUUGCAAAAGGAGACCGAUCAGCCUGCAGUCUGGCUGAAAGAGGUUCUGGGAGAGGUGGCUGUGCUGAACAAGAGGGGCCCAAAUGCCAACUUGUGGGAGCUGAAGAAGGAGUAUCGCGCUGCUGGCGGCAGCCAUGAUGUACACAUGGCGGACCCAUGAUUGAGCCUGGCUGGCACAGUAACGCUUGAACGCAAUUUGAAAUCUUUGAAGGCAAGCAAUACCUCACAGCCCACGCCCCAUGAGAGCCUGUGAGCUGUGUUGUGGCAGCACAGAGCAAGACAGUUGUGUAGUACUCGUCAUUUGUGAAGACCACCCUGACUGGGAUGCUUUGUGCGGAUGUAUGCGUGAAAUGAAGAGAAAAUGGUAUGCUGACAUCAAUGCAUACUUGAAAAUGUUUUCGAUGAGAAGCUUGGAGUGCAAAAAGAGCUGUGGUGCAC